AUGGAUGGACAAAGACAGCAAUAUAUCCCGGGACCCCCAACUCUACCCCCGCCUCCUCCACGACACCCGCCGACACAGCUCCAGUCUGUUGUACCGCCGCCGCCUCCAGGGCCACCACCAGGAGCAUCAGGCUAUGGCGUCCAGCCAGGAUGGCAGCAGAACUGGCUCCGACAGAAUAUGACACCCGCUGGCUAUCCUCCUCCCCCUCCAUUUCCUCAACCUCAACAUCUCCAUUACCGACCCGGGCAGUUAUCGAUUGUUCCCCCUCGUGAGCCUCAGUCUCAGUCUAUGGUCGGUCCAACGUAUAUCCCCGGUGCAGAUACUCUUGAUGGCUUUCCAUCAUAUGACUCUCACACAGCCACUCUCGGAAGCCAGACAUAUGAACACCGUGGUACGGAUGGCAAUUACAACCCGCAAACUCCAUCGGGACGGAAUCCUCCUUCACUUGCUCUUCACAACAAUAUCCACGAGCUAGUGAGCAAUGAUCACCCGCCGCAGCAGGCUGCGAGUCAAACUACAGAUCUCACAAAGGCCCAGAGCCAUCGUCAUAAUCCCAGUGGUGCAUCACUGGGUGGGUUAUCACCGAGCGAAGCGGCAAUUCAAUGGCCUCUUGAUCGAGUCCUGCUUUGGCUUGCAAGAAACGGAUUUUCAAGGGAUUGGCAGGAAACUUUCAAAUCAUUGGAACUUCAGGGCUCCGAUUUCCUUGAGCUCGGCCUCGCGUCUGGUGGACGAGGAAACCUUGGCAAAAUCCACAAGGUCGUAUAUCCUCAGUUAGCCAAAGAGUGUGCCCAGAACGGUACUGCUUUUGAUUCAGCACGCGAGCGCGAGGAAGGCUUAAGACUGCGCAAAUUGAUACGCCAAUUUCACGACAGCGCAUUUGACUCCAACAUAUCCACGCCGAUGCGCGGAGAGCCACCAAAUCUGAUGCCCAGCGAAACAGGCACAGGCACAAGCACAGGCCCUUACUCGAACCAAAUUCUUGAACCCCGCUCGGCUGGCCCUUACACCGGUCAGACUGAUCUCACCGCAGAUCAGCUGUCCUUGUUACAGUCCUCUGGUCAAAAUCAAAAUUCACAGAUGCGUUCCGUUACCAUGCCUGUGAAUGCAGUCCAUACAGACCGAGACUCAUCUUAUGACUCCCCUUCGCGAGAAUCCCCAACUUGGCUUCGAUCAGACUAUUCGCGGAAUGCCUUUGCAUCUAUUGAGUACCGCCGUCAAAGUCCUUCCAUGUCCAGUGAAUCUGGUGUCAAUAUGGCUGGCUCAUCUCUUCGCCCACAGGAUAGUCCUAAGAGUGGGAGCCCAGCUUUACAAUAUGCGUCAUCCUCUUACGUAGGACUCACCUCCUCUUCUACCGGUGAUUUGACAUUGCGACAAGACCAUUCCCGAGGGAACAGCACUGAUUCCAUUCCUGGCAUUGGCCGCGGUUAUACACCCCGGUACUAUGAUAACCGCAGACAAGGGCCGGAGGGAGUUCGUCCCUCGCCGCAAGAUAAUAUUCAUGGUCGGCCAUGGAGUGGGGAGAAUUCAUCAUACUCCAAAGAUCACAGCAAGGGGCUUCUUGGUUUCUGGAAGAAGAAGACCAAGGCAAAUGAUUUAAACCACUACUCACCAGAAGAUCCAGACUCACCACCUAGCCCUGAGUCUCGCAACCAUGGCCAGUACUUGCCGUACAUAAAACCGGGCUUCAACUCCAGUGACUUAUCUCUAGGCGAGCGCCCAUCUUCGUCUUCCGCUACGAAACCGAAAAAAUGGGUUUUUACAACCAUGGAUGGCUUGAACUACCGCCUGAUCGAUAUCACAGAUAUGGACAAUGUGGAGACUCUUCGCGUAGGGAUCUGCAAAGCACUUGGCUUGUCUGACUGGACCAAUGCUCAAAUAUUCCUCACAGAGCCUGGACUGACAAAUCAUGAAGACCCUUUGAAUGACACAAACCUGGAACUUUGCCGACGACGAAGAUCCGAUGCUUAUGGUUCCUUGAAAUUUUUCGUCCAAGCGACCCCCAUUCGUCCCUUGCGGCUCCAACUUUCAAAGGUUGAUGGCCUCGGGCUUUCGAUGCCUACAGAGAAGCUGGCGCCAUCUCCAACGUCAACACAUACUCCUAUCCAUCGAAAGCCAUUAGAUGAGGAUGCCCUCAGUCGAAUAUCUCCACAGACUCAAACUAAGCCUGGAUCCCCACUUUUGAGCUCGUGGCAGCCAAAUUUCAAGGUUCCAACUCCAAAGCUACUCUCAGACAAUAUUCAAGACUUUGACCAACCUAUGGAUUUGGAAAAAACAGACCUUGUUCUACGCCAUGAGGCUCAUUUGCGUGACAUUGAACGGAAGCAAAGGGAGAAUGGCAUUACCCGAAUUCCUCCGACAACACAACAAAAUCGGAAGGACUAUGGCGAGACCGGAUAUAGACGUGAAGGAGUGAUUGAUUUUGAUUCACCCCGCAUAUCACCAUAUGAAGAGAAGAAGCCAGAGGCACUAGUUCCUCUAAGAAAGCCGCCUGCUGCACCCAAUGAAUCCAACACACUGACAAAGGUCAACUCACUUCGAAAAUCCACAGGCCAUCGAGCGGAUCGACAUGCCCCACAGUUGCCAUCCGUGGCCCAGACUCAUGGUCUAGGGGCAGUUCUUGCUAGUGUCGGUCGGAUCUCAAGCGCAAUUGGCGCACCCGCUCCUUCCGUACAGGUUCCUUCUAUGCCCUCUUCAACUAUCACUCAAGAAGAUCACGGGUCGGACUCUGAACGCACCAACAAUACCAUGGGUUCCGCUCUCACAGUUUUCAGCAAAACGACAGCAGACUCUCCUAAUCCAGACAUACAGGGUAGUACCAAAUCGCCAGCAUGGUCUGCUACUCCAAAUUCCGCGACGGACUCGGCGCCUUUCCAGAAACCAUCUUUGCAAUCGCGCAAGUCAUACGGCCCGGAAUUUGAUUUUGAAGAGAAUCAAGUUUCAUUCGAGAGAAAUUUACAGCCAGCGGAUGACUCUGAUGGCGAAUCUUCUGACGACGGCCUUUUUGCAAUGCCAUUGGCUAAUAAACAGGCUCAAACACCCGAUUCCACAUCUCAGACUAAGGCAGAGAAAGAGAAGCCUCAAAUAUCCGUGAACACAAACGACAGAAACCGCAAACGUCGUACUGUGAAUUUUGAAUCUCCAAUUCGCACUGUACACGAGGGCUUCUCUGCACAGUCACCUUAUAGUCCUGCAGAGGCUUCUGAUUCCCCAAUUUCUCCCAAAGAUGACCGAACAUCUAAGAGAAAGUCCUUCGUCAACGCGGAUGUCUGGGCCAGUAGACCCCCCGUAGAAGGAGUCAUCGACAAUCUGGAUAGUUUCUUCCCAGAUGUUGAUCUUGAUGCUCCUUAUCUUGAUGAACCACCAUCACCGAUCAGCAAGGAUGUUGCACCUCUCAAGUUCAAGGCAGAAGCUUCGUACCCCUUUUCCAAACCGGGCUUCGAUCCAUCGGCCAUUUAUGGAACAGACGCCGGUACUACAAGGCCCCAUGAAGGAGCUGGUGUUGUUGCCCGCCACAUGAUUGAUCGUAGCGGUGGUGGCCUUUCACGGAAGAAGUCUAUUCGAGAAGUUGCCAGGGGCGCGGCACAUCGGACCAAGAGCGUUAACGGGCCCGUAGGUCCGCAGCGGUCAGGAGACCUGUUACGCCGCAAGAGUACCAAGAUGUUUGGUGCCAAGAUUAUGCAGAUCAGACCCCGGCCCGGCAGUCGAUUAAGCCAGCUUGAACCUAUACCGCAGAAUGUCCCACAGUCUGGAUCAUCUGUACCGCAGCGACAGCCUACUUUCCGUAUCAUCCGUGGUCAACUUAUCGGUAAAGGAACCUUUGGUCGCGUUUAUCUGGGCAUGAAUGCGGACAAUGGUGAAGUUUUGGCUGUGAAGCAAGUCGAAAUCAACCCUCGCAUUGCCGGAACGGACAGGGAUCGUAUCAAAGAGAUGGUGGCUGCUUUAGAUAUCGAAAUCGAUACCAUGCAACAUCUGGAACAUCCUAACAUUGUUCAGUACCUCGGUUGUGAGCGCGGUGAAUUAUCGAUAUCCAUCUACUUGGAGUAUAUCUCCGGUGGCUCGGUUGGAAGCUGCCUGCGCAAGCAUGGCAAGUUCCAGGAAAGCGUUGUGCAGUCAUUGACUCAUCAGACUCUUGGCGGGUUGGCUUACUUACAUGAUAUGGGGAUUCUGCAUCGAGAUCUCAAAGCCGACAACAUUCUGCUGGAUGUGGAUGGUACAUGCAAAAUUUCCGACUUUGGAAUUUCUAAGAAGACAGAUGAUAUCUAUGGCAACGACUCCUCCAACUCCAUGCAGGGCUCCGUUUUCUGGAUGGCUCCAGAGGUCAUCCAGUCUCAGGGCCAAGGCUACAGUGCCAAGGUCGAUAUUUGGUCCCUUGGCUGUGUAGUACUAGAGAUGUUUGCAGGUCGCCGACCAUGGAGCAAGGAAGAGGCCAUUGGAGCCAUAUUCAAGCUAGGAAGCUUAGGCCAGGCUCCGCCUAUUCCCGAAGAUGUUUCCAUGAACAUCAGCCCAGCAGCUCUCGCCUUUAUGUGGGACUGCUUCACAGUUAAUUCUGCUGAACGUCCCACAGCUGGCACCCUUCUUACACGUCACCCCUUCUGCACACCGGAUCCAACAUACAACUUCCUUGACACGGAGCUGUACGCAAAGAUCCGAUAA